CACACCAUUUUGAUUUAGGACAAAGUUUAACAUGUCCGGAUUAAUACACUUUAACUGUGUAAGCAGCCGAACGGAUACAACAGGUCACGGGCAGAGAUUUAUGUUUAGGGAAAGAUGUGAUUUAAAGGUCAGUUUAAUCACGUGACCUGUGAACUGUUAUUUCUGUAUAAAGGCAACGAAUCUGAAGCAAGCAGUAGUGUUUCAGUUGGUUGCGAGUCGGCGCAGACUUGUCGAUACAAAGACAAUACGGCCGUUGCCUGUUGCAUCACGAUGCGGUUUCUCACGCACAUGUUCCUUGCGAUUAUCGCCAUCCUUCUGGUGUGCGAAAGCAGUGUCGCUGUGUAUUUGGCCGGCAGGCCUAGUGCCCAGACGUCAAAUUACAAAGAAUAUACGCCGGCAUACAAGGGAGUGGAUGAUACACCCGGCUCUUGCGCCAUAACCAAAGCCUCAGUGCAUCCUUGGUGGCGUGUGAACAUGAUGGAAGAGUACUGCGUGGGAACGAUCACUGUGGUCAAUAGAGCCGAUUGCUGCGCCGAACGUUUGAUCGGUGCGACCGUUCGCGCCGGGCUGAGCCCUUCAGUUACCGAGAACACCGUGUGCGGUUCCCCGGUAACAGCCGAGCAAGCCACUCCGGGCGCCUGGCUGCGAUUCACCUGCGACCCGCCGGUACGGGCGCGCUACCUCAGCGUGGACAUCGACCUAAGGGGAUCGGGAAGGUUGCAGUUUCUGGCAGUAUGCGAGGUCAAGGUGGAGGAAUCUCAAGCCAUGGAGUGCCCAGGAUGGGCAGCCAAUGCCACCGGCUUCCUUGACGCAACUUGCUUGACCCCCACGCCCCUGCUGGAUCCCAACGGUGACGGCGGCGCUUUCAUCGGUACCUACCUGGGCGCCCGAGACGCCACGGCCUCCGUGUCCUUCGGUCGAAUGUCCAACACGGGGCACAAUGGAGCACCAAGCCUGCCGGCUUCGGCCCAUCAGGUCCCGCAUCCCAUGGGCUCGACCGACGCCGACUUGCUGUACCUGCCCGCCACUGGGGGUCUCGUGAGGAUAGGGGCGUUCUUCUGCCUGGCAACCAAGGACGAGACGAGGACACAAAUUACAAUGAUCAUCCUGAACAAGAACGACGUUCACGUCCGUCCGGUAGUUCUGACGAAAACUGUGAGCUUGAUGGAGUCGGUUACCUUGGAGAUGGAAGCUGUAAACCCGCCAAACAGCGACUGGCGAUGGAGACACGAUGGCGGGCCUUUCAUAGGCCGUUCCCAGGAUCGACUAACUCAUUUCAUUCCAUCAGUCUGCCCGAGGGAUGCUGGGAUAUACGAGUGUCACGUCAAUACUUUUCGCCCGCUUCAACGCCACGCCAUCAUGCAACUUAUAGUGAGAGCAUGCCCAUCUGGUAGGUGGGGACCAGACGUUUCGUGUACCAACAUCUGCCCGCCAUGCUACAAUGGCGGCGUCUGCGACGCCCUCUCUGGCCGAUGCGUCUGCGCGCCUGGAUUCAAGGGUCGAUACUGCGAAGAAGUUCUGGGACUCAACUUUUUUGGCCAAGAUGGCAGCCAUUACUGCCAAGGUUCGGACGAUGGCAACGGUUGCCAGGGAAAACUGUUCUGUCUUCCGGACCCAUACGGCUGCUCAUGCGCAGCAGGAUUCAAAGGAUUUGACUGCAUGCAUGAGUGCGACGAAGGUACCUACGGCGCAGAUUGUAAACAGACGUGCCACUGCGCCCUCAACGUCACAUGUGAGAAGGACACCGGAAAGUGCCUGGGAGCUUGUGCCCCAUCAUACUUCGGAGUCAAUUGCCAGCAAACAGAUUGUGCAAACGGAUUCUUCGGCGCGAAGUGUGACCAGACUUGCCAUUGCCAGGGAGUCACGUGUCAUCGAGACACUGGCGAAUGCGAGGGCCCAUGUGCUGCACCAUACUUCGGAAUAAACUGUCAGGAGACUGGUUUCGGCGGCGUGCCCAAUUUGGUAUCUUACCCGAGUGAAUCCACCCCAGGGCACGUGAUACUCUCAUGGGGUAAAGACAGUGCCUCUGUUUACACCAUUGGGUACGAGUUGGUUAAUCGAGGUCACUGCGAGCCAAUCACGUCCCCGGAUAGGAAGUUUCUUCCCGACCGCUUCGAUAAGGAGACAUCCCAUGCCAUCCUGACCGACCUGGAACCUUCAUCGGUGUACAGGGUUUACGUGCAGUCACACUAUGGAAUCCACAGCAUCGUGCCAACGGAAUCGUUUGUGGAAGUUUCUACAUCUCCUGCAAAUGACUCCCGAUCGGUCAAAGAUUUCAGGGCCUUGGAUAUCACAUCGAACGGCUUUCUGCUCAACUGGAGUCCAGUACAGUGCGCAGACGCGUAUUACUUGACCUCCGACCUUCUGCAGAUGGGUCACUGUUCCAGGUCGGAUACUCAGCAAGAAAGGUCAACUUUCUUGACCCAAAGUACGUCGGUUACCAUAAACUGUAGGGAACCUUUUGCAACCUACAGUGUCUCCAUUGUGGCUAGCGUUGAGGGCGUCAACGGAUCGGCCUCUACCUUGGAAGUCGCAACUACAAAAGCAGCACCGGGCACGCCAGAUGGCCUGACAGUGGUCUCAUCUGCAACAAAUAGUCUUCACUUUGCCUGGGAUGAUCUGCCGUGCGAAGAGCAUCAUGGCCAGUUUGAAGGCUAUCGCUAUGCGCUACGCGAUGUGUCCACCGGGGAUACCGUUGCCUCCGGCAUAGAAUCGGUGUCAGAAGUGGGAUUCACCGACCUUACUCCUUGUAGGCAGUACGAGUUUAGAGUUGCCGCACUGGCUUCCGACUUACAAGGAUCCUAUUCGAACUGGCUUUCUGCUCAGACGGCUGUACAAGGUCCGGGCUCGGUAAACAAUCUGAUAGUCAGGGAUACAUCAUCCAGUGCAACAACAGUGUCUUGGCAGCCCCCUCUGCUCAAUACCUGUGGUAUAAGUGAGUACAGGCUCAGAUAUGUACUGACCAUCCAGGAUAUGUGUUCCAUGACCGCCUUAACAGCAUCACCACUGGUACCUGUGUCGACGACUUCAACGUCCACCAGGCUGACUGGCCUGGUCCCAGCCUCUCAAUAUCAGGCGUUCAUCAAAGCCAUCAAUGCUGCUGACGAGGGGCAGGAGGCGUCGGUUUUGUGGACCACAAAUGAGUCAGUUCCUACAAACCCUCCAGAAGAUGUGAUGAUCCUUGCAAUCUCCGCUAACCGCAGCACCGGUUUCUCCUGGAGUCAGCCAUCUUGUGGAGGGAGGGGCGGAGUCAUCACCAAAUACGCCUACCGACUGAGCCACCAGGACGGUGAGUUAGUUAUCAUCGACUCUGCUGAUGAGACGUCGAGGGAAUGGGUGGUCUUUGCAGGACUGGAGCAGUUCAGAGAGUACGGUUUCCGGGUUGCUGCUACUACCAGUGCUGGGGUUGGGCCGUACAGUCAGAUCAUCCGAGCAACGGUCAAUCCAGGAAAGGAUGCUAACCUUUACUCGACAACGGCUCCCGGGAUUUCAUCAGCAGAAAGGAAGGCAACUGCGAAGUCACCUAGGAAGUCGACUGAUGGAGACCCGGUGCGCCCUCUGCCGCCCGCCAAGUCACUCGGCUCAGCUGCUGACAUAAGUGGCACAGUUGUAGCAGUGGUAGUGAUGGGUCUUCUGCUAAUUGCAGUCGUGGUGGUUGCGUACGUUAAGCUGAAACGAGGAGGAGGGAGCUUCACGAUGUUCAGACGUCGCGUCGGAUGGAGUGGCUUCGCUAAUGACGAAGCCGAGAUGAUGACUGAGAUGGACUCCAAAGGGCAGUAGACAACAAUUUGUAACAUAAUGGUGACAACCCGAAAUCUCCUUUAUGCAUGAUAAGGGCAAGCUUAAAUUUAUAACAAAUUGUAAUUGAUACGCAUUAGUUAAAAACAAAACGAAGGAAUAUCUUUGUAUGAUAAGGCUCACUUGUAAUAUGCUUUUUUAUAUGUUAUCAUAGAGUAAAUAUAAACAAAGAACAAGUUUAUUUUGGGGGGUGCAAUUUUCGAUUUUUGUUGGAAAAGAAACUUCAAAGAAUAUGAUAUCCUCGAACGAAUCAAUUAGAUUUUUAACAUUUAGACGAUUUCUUUUAAACAGGGAGCUUUGCAUAUUGCGCUAAUUGUUUCACGUUCGAGAUGAAUGUAGACUCGGCCCGAGAAGGCUGUUGCACUUGAUCUGUGCACGGUGGACGUGCACACUGAUUGAUGCACUGUGGGCACGACGUUGAAAGCGGGGUUGAAGGUAGAGUUCAGGGGUGGGUUGUGGAUAUCAAGCGAGUCCGACUUGAGUCCAGUCUAAGCUGAAUUAAGAGCGUCCCGCUCCUUAUCCAUCAGCUCAAUUGAAAAAGAAAUAUAUGAAAACAACAUGACAGCUUUUAGGUCAUGAUUUAUCGCCACUCACGUUAUGCUGGAUUUAUAGUGCCUAAUAUGUGCAUCUCUACAAAAUUGAAAUUUGCAUAGCGAGGCUCAUAUUAUUUAUAUUCAACAUGAUGUAUUUGGUGACUUGGCAAAUGACGAUGAACAGACAUCAUAACAUAGUCCCAUAAUGUUAACGACUGUUUCAUGCUGCGCAAUUGCAGGCAAUUCAAAGACAAGUAAGACAUUUUUUGAAGAGAAAUACAUUUCUUUUCCAUCCAAAAUUAACCAUGAACAAACGCAUAUGUUUAAAAUGAAGCUAAACGAUUUCCCUAGAAUAGCAAAAAGGAAUUACUAGAAUGUCUAACUGCCGGAUAUAAUAGUUACACUCUUGAUAUUAUGGUCUACGAAACUGAAAUAAAUAAUGACAAGCUAUUAUUAUCGUUAUAUUAUAACUUUGAAGACAAACCAAUGAAUCAAGUGUUUGGUGUUUUGUAGUAAUUUCUGUAGUUACAAUAAUUAUUUAGACAGUGGUAUAUGUACAAUAAAACCAUUAUGAUAGCAUUAUUCCUUGCCUUUU